AAAGCUUAAGUACAGUGUUUAGAUUUAGUCUGUGCGCAGCUUUUCUUGUUUCUAUGCUAUAUUCUGUAUUUAGAACAUUUCUGUGAAAAUGGAACAUGCUCAGAAUAAGACCCAUAUAUAGGCUAUAUAGUAUUAUUCCCUCAAAUUAUUUGUGUAAAUAAAUACAAUCUUAACUUUUUAUUAAACCGUGUUUACUUCUCUGUGUGUCAGUACUGUAUCACAUGACUGUGUUUCAGCUCUUUCGCAGAGCCAGGAAAAGGUUGAAGUGUCCCCUGCGGAGCACCAACAAGCGCUUCCUCCUCAACACCCUGCGCUCUACCGGCCUACAGCGGCGCACCAGCGAGCCUAGAGCCGGACACUCCGCCACAAGAGGGCGCCUGGGGAGCGACACCCCGGACAGACGCCGCGACCGCAGCAGAUCACCUCCCAGAGAUCGCAGGAGCAAAGGAGGCCACACAGACAGUAAAAAUAAUCACAGGGACACCAGGAGUAAUAAGGACACGGAAGAGGACAGAGACAAAGAGGGGAGUUACAGACACAGAGACAACAGAGACAGGAGACACGGUGAAGGUGGACAGGAGAGACACAGACUACAUGAAUAAAGCACUUUUGGUUAGGGGUGGAACAGUGCUUUUCCCGAGGCCACUCCUUUUCUUGUGAGCACAGAGGUGGACACUCCUGAAACUGUUCUCUGACCAGCCAGCAGACCUCAUAGAGCUGUCCCAGUCCUGUUCAGCCUGCCAUGUUAGAAGGAGCCAGAAACUUGAUUUAACUUUUAUGUCUCCUCUAAUAAAAAAAGACCCCCCCCCCCCCCCCAGUUAGUUAAUUAACUGUUAGUUAAUUAACUGUUAACUGUUAAUUAACUCCUGAAGUUAAAACCAUAUUAUAGGUUUAGUUGAUUUCCCUAAAUGGUUCACACAUCCAGUAGUUGUAAUAAAAUCGUUGUAAUGUUCUUUUCCUCCCAAAUUGUCCACAGAAGUUGAAGUAAAUAAACAAUCAAAUGGACAUUUUAGCUCAGGAAAUAUGGACAAACAACAUUUUUUUUUCUUCCCAUGUCCUCCCCUCUCUCUCCCAUGACUCAUGGGUUGGCGUAAUUCUGUUUCACCUACAGCAGAGGAGGUUUGAUUUCAAUUAUAAUGUCAUUACCAUUCUUCUGUCAUUAUUCACCGGUCAUAAUGUUUACAUAAGCCAUGCUGCUGUCGCCACUGGGUAAGCAUGUUUUUAUCGCCUGUCCAACUUUUUGACAUGUAUAUACCGCCUAUCAGAAACGGUUUUGUUUGUCAAAGGAGAAAAAAUAUAUAUAUUUUCCUGACACU